CACCGUACCACACACUAACCAGUUUCCUUCGUUCUUAAUAUUUAUAGAUCAAAUUAUGUACGAUAGCAAUAUGCGAAGACAAUUUUUGUAAAUAUGUUGCGUUAACACGAGUUCACCCUAAAUCGUCCUGCCCAUUACAUUGUUUCGCCUUGAAUGACGUAAGGCAUUUUCCUGUCAGCUGAUGCAGUGGGCGUGUCCAGGUCGCUGAUGUAAACAGAAAGGACCAUUUUGAUCUGGGAAAUCUAGAAGCCAGGGUACAGUAACUCAUCGAAGCUUUUCUGAUUUCACCUAUGCAACGCCUUAAAUAGGGCUCGCGCCAUGGACUUCUAUAUCAAUCUGAAGGUGAAUUUCCGAGGCAAUGCGAAGAGCUUCCUGCUGUCCGGCUCAGAGACGAAGAGCUGGGAGUCUAUGGAGGCCAUGGUGAAGAGGUCCUUUGGCCUGUGUAAUUUACAGCUGACUUAUUUCGAUGAGGAAAAUGAAGAGGUAUCAAUCAACAGCCAAUUGGAAUAUGAAGAAGCCCUGAAGAGUGCAGCACGACAGGGGAACAGACUACAAAUGAAUGUGUAUGAGACGAGGGGCAGUAGAGCCACAGUGCCAGGGCCGGGCCCACCACCAGGGUCAGGGGUGGGCUUGGGCCAGGUGAAACCUGGUACUGUUGGAGAACCCAAGAAGGGAUUCAGGCCUCCUCAGCACUGCCCUACUUUGGCACAAGUGGUAAUUGUAAAUGAACUCAAAGGUGGGAAGGCAGAGGAUAAGACACCUCCAGCUUGGUUCACUUCAUACAUGGAAAAGUUUAAGGACCAGGUGGUUAGGGAGGCAGUAGAGAAGAUUUGUAGGGAGUUCUCUGGACAAUGCUGCAUCCAUAAGCCAGUGGGACCAGAAGCUCAGGUUCCUGAAGUCACCUCAUCCACUCUGCCAGGAGCCCCAAGUUCAGCUCCAGCCUGCAGCAGCUGCCGGGGCCAGACCGCAGGCGGCGGAUACCAGUGCAGUGUGUGUACCUCCUGCACUCUGUGUGAGCCUUGUAGCUUCUCACAUGAUCCAAGCCACAACCUUGUGAGAGCCAGAACUCCCCUGUCUAUUCCUGAGCACGGCUCCCCAGCACCAGACCACAGCAGGUUCUACAGAAGGGGUGACCGGAGCUUUCGCAAGGCCGAGAAGCAGCGUCUUAAAGCGGAGAAGCGUCAGCUCAAGGCGGAGGUGAAGGAGAUCAGGAAGCAGCUGAGGAUGGAGAGGAGGGGGCUGCAGUGGAGCACUGCUGGAGAAGGGAGCUCUUCACCCGUCCUGCUGCAGCCACGCGCCACACAGGCAAACAGCCCAGAUCGUCCAAAACGUCCAUGCCCGCUGGCAGUGCCAGCUAUGACAGCUCUGCUCCUGGAUGAAAACCUGCCUGAUGGAUCACGUCUGCGUCCUGGGACCAAGUUCAUUAAAUACUGGAAAAUGAAAAACAGUGGAAGAGUGUGCUGGGACUCUGAGACCAAGUUGAAGUUCAUGUGGGGGAACCUGGCAGUGGGCUCGGGCGAAAGAUGGCGGGAGGUCGCAGUACCCACACUACAGCCAGGACAGGUGGGUGUGGUCAGCGUGGCACUUUGUGCUCCGACGUUGGAGGGCACCUAUACAUCCCAUUGGCGCCUGGCACACAGAGGAGAGCAGUUUGGGCCGCGUGUUUGGUGCAGCAUCGUUGUGGAUCCACAUGCUCCUACAGCCAUCUGUGCUGACGGGCUGCUGGUGUCUCCCUGUGUCACCCCGCAGGAGAAGUCUUCCCGCACUCUUGAGAGGGAAGAGAAAUGCCGGGCCUCAAGGGACCAACUAGUUUUGUCCGUGAACCAGGACUGUGAUCAGGAAUUGUACAUUCCAUCUGUGGAUUUACUCACAGCUCAAGACUUACUGUCAUUUGAACUGCUGGACAUCAACAUCGUGCAAGAGCUGGAGAGCGUGCCCAACAACACUCCUGCAGACAUUACUCCAUGCAUAUCGCCUUUGCCCCAUGAUGGACCUCUUCAGGAGAAACCAACAUUGGGGUUGAUCCAAGAAGAAACAGAAGCCCAAGGAGUCAGCAGCAUCCUGGAUGUGGCUCAGGGGACAGAAUUAGAGGGAGUCCCAGCACAAGAGAAAGGAGAGGAGAGCAUCAUUGGGCCUCAGUUUGUCAGUCCAUCUGUUAUCCGCUCUCUCACCCUUGAAGUAGCAGAACAUGGGACGCUUUGUGGGAAAUGCCCAGCUAAAGUGGUGCGCCCAGCCCCGCAAGGUUCGAUGUCACUUUGUGAGAGGAAAUCAGAAAAAGUUUCAGAAACAGGAAGCAUGUUAAUAUCUGCUCCAGCCCCACUGAAAGUAGAGAUGGCACGAAUCUCCAGCCCUACUUCACCACAGACAGAGACCACUGAGAUAGCUGUUCCCCUGCUGACGCUACCAACAGAACUCGUUAGCACAGAUGAGGGUCACGAGUCUGACAUCGAGCAGAUCCUGGUGGAACCUGCAGGUGGAGAUCUGGUAGAGGAGGGAGAGGAGGAAGUGGAUAAGAAAGAGCAAGUUAAGGACACAGAACAGGCUAAGGAAACUCGUAGCAGAACUUCAUCUGCAUCUUCAGAAGACUACAUCAUCAUCCUCCCUGAUUGCUUUGACACCAGCCGUCCACUAGGAGAGUCCAUGUACAGCUCAGCCCUGUCGCAGCCUGGAGAAGAGCCUGCAGAGGGAGACAAACUAGAAUCAGUGGAAACCGCGGAGCUUCAGAGCCCCGUUGCUGCUGCUGUUAGUGUGGAUGCUAAUGACAUGCUCUGUGCCUCCCAGACUCUGGACGCUGUGCCGCUCACCCCUGUGAUUGUAGUGGCACCCCGGCCCUCAGUCAAAUCCUGCACAGAGACACAAGAGCAGACAGAUAAUGGACCAGAGGAGCAGGAGGGAUGUGAUCCUACAGAGCCAGGAGAUAAGGAGGAAGAUUCUGAGCCUAAUCAACCUGACCCUGAGAACUCAUUAGCAUCUGCCAAGUCUGAAACAGAAGAGCUCAGGGCCAAUAGCAUCACAGGUGGAUUGGUGAAGGGUGCCCUGUCUGUGGCAGCAUCUGCCUAUAAAGCUCUUUUCACUGGUCAGACAGGGUCUGAGAAGCUUCCAGAAGAUGCAGCUUCUCAUGAUGCCAUGAUGGCUGUGCUGGUAGAGAUGGGUUUUGGUGACCGAGCACUAAAUCAACGUCUGCUGCAGAAACACAACCGAAACCUGCUGGAUGUGGUCAACGAACUCGUGCAGAUGACCGACAAUGACUGGUACACGACACGCUACUGAGAUGCUGGUCAAUUAUUUUGUUUCUCUUGUAUCUGGUUUUUUUUUUUGGUUUCUCUUUCUCUGUGCAAUCAGCAGCCCAUUCCAUUAAACAGACUCUUUCAUUCCAUUUGGGUUGUAAAGAUAGUGUGUGUGAAUCUGUCUGCUCCAAUGUGUAACGGAUAUUCAUUAGAGAAGCAGUUCAUCACCAUAAUAACCGUGCUUGUUAAAGUUUGUUGUUAGUGGGCAUUAAUGUUUUCAGAGGUGAUCAUGGUAGCUAAUGAACACUAAUAGGUAAUUAUUAUUUCAAAACUAUCCAAGAAAUAUGUCAUGCUUUUAAUGAAAACAUGAUUUGAAAGAACAGUGUAUUUAACCACAAAUUAUUCUAAUAGGUAAAUAUGAAAGGUUCUGCAGUGUGACUGGAUAUUUUUCAUAUUUAAAAAGUUUUGUGUUCCCAGGUUUUGGAAAAGUGCAAUAGAUCUGGCUUUGUGUCUGGACUGGACUGUCUUAAUCAUCAGCCAAGACCAAAUAGAGAAACUUAACUUAACAUAGACACAAGAUGACAAAUAAUUCCUUACUGGAGAAGUUAAGUUUAAUGUGUGAAUGUGUUUUUUUUUUUUUUUUUUUUUUUUUUUUUAAGUAAUUUUGACCUGUUAUUGCUUAUAAUACAUAUGGAAAUUAUUAUCAUUAUUUUGAAGACCACUGAUUCAUUUCUAAUAGGUCCACAAAAUAGGGCACAUACUGCACUUUGUGAAUGCAUUGCCAUUUAACUAUCUGAAAAACGUCAUGGCUUGAAUUAGCAAUGCAUUUGAAUGCUUAAAUAGAUUGAAAUGGGCAGUGUAGAGUGUUUUAAUUUAUGCUUUAAAUGGUUAAAGACCGCAAAGGCAAUCGUGUCAUAUUUAACUCCAAUUUUAAAUGUUGAGACACAUCAUAGUGCGAGACAAAAAACAACAACAGCCUACUGUUCAUUCCAAACAAAAUCGAAAUCAUGCAAAUUAUAUAUAUAUAUAUAUAUAUUUUGAUAAUUAAAUAGCUCUUGUAUUUAGUGUGAUGAAGAAUUUAUCUCAGCACUUUUCUUCAAUGGGGGAUUUUGAAACUACCUACUGUCUAGAGUGGAAAGCAUUCCCUAUAAAUCACUGAGCGUCUUUUGAUUUGCUCCUUUCACAAGUGGUACAUCCGCAAUUUAACUGAACAAUCACCUACUUGUUUUUCUAGAGCUAGGGUUUAUCUAUAUGUUUUAGCACAUUCCUUAGGAAAGCUGUAGUUGGUCCUGGGGCUUGCAGCGAUCAGUAGAGAUUCUGGGUGAAAUUGUUUGAAUCAUGUGAUUGUAAAGCAUAAUCAGUGGAGACAGAUGCGCCUCACUCUGUGUUUGAUGCCUGAAUGGAGUACUCAUAGUGUCUCUGCAUCUAAUGUACACAUCUGUCUGUAAUAAAUAUCCUGAUAAGUCUUA